UCAGGGUGGAAGAUGCAGGGCCGAAGCCCCCAGCCGAGCAUGGAGCUGAACAGACUGCUCCUCCUCACAUCCUUCCUCCUGCACGUGAAAGAGGACCGUGCCAGCCCAACACGGCUGGUCUGUGACAACAGGCUCAUCCAGAAGUACAUCGUGGAGGCCAAGGACAUGGAAAAGAGAGUGGGCCAGUGCCAGGCCCUGCCCGCACUCAGGUGCCCUGCAGUGCUGCCCUUGGUGGACUUCACUUUCCAGCAGUGGAAAUCCAAAUCGAACGAGACCAAGCGGCGGGAGAUCCUGUGUGACCUGGCCCUGCUGCUGGGUGCUGCAGCAGGGGCCCAGGGCCAGGUGAGCAACGAGUGCGGGGCCAGGCAGCUGAGCCAGCUUUACCGACACGCCAACUCCUUCUUCCUGCUCCUGCAGACCUUCAGCUGGGAGACAGGACACUGGGAGCCGAGCUGCUCCCCACACUCCAUGGAGCAGACCCACAUCCCCAGCAUUUUCCUCACCUACCGGCAGCUGGUACAGGGCAAGCUGCGCUUCUUCUUCUACGACCUGGCCACAGUCUCGUGCAAGCAAGGACAGGGGGACAGCAGAGACCCUGCAUGCGGGGCCCAAUGAGGCUGCACACAGGGUUCAACCACAAAGCAAUGCUGGAGCAAUCCUGCAGGACACUAAGCUGUGCUCUGGGUGCCCAGGAAGAUGCCCACGGGGAAGGGGUUGGCACCUGUUCCUCAAGUCUUCACAACUGUGCAGUGUGUGGAGGCAAACAGUGACACUCACGUGCCUGCAGGCACAGGCCCUGCUCCCAUCUGGGCAGGCACCUCU